GGGCGCGGGCAGCCCGGCGCGGGGUCCUGGAACGGGCGCGGCGCAGGGUGCAGGCUCCUCGGCGGCUGCGGCCCGGGCUGCGGCAAUGCUGUGGCCGCGGCUGGCGGCGGCCGAGUGGGCGGCGCUGGCCUGGGAGCUGCUGGGUGCCUCGGUGCUGCUGAUCGCUGUGCGGUGGCUGGUGCGGCGGCUGGGCCCGCGGCCUGGGGGUCUGGGCCGCAGUGGGACCCCAGUUCCUCCGCCGCCCGCGGCCGCCGCCCCCGCCCCAGGUGAGAUGACAAUGGAUGCUGUGUUGGCUCGAUUGAAACUUCUGAAUCCAGAUGACCUUAGAGAAGAAAUCAUCAAAGCUGGAUUGAAAUGUGGACCCAUUACGUCAACUACAAGGUUCAUUUUUGAGAAAAAAUUGGCUCAGGCUUUACUGGAGCAAGGAGGAAGGCUGCCUUCUUUCGACCACCAUGAGGCAGGUGCCACAGCUCUCAGCCAAGACACACAAAGGAUUUUGAAGUCAGCUGAAGGGAACCCAACUGAUCAGGCUGGUUUUUCAGAAGACAGAGAUUUUGGUUACAGUGUGGGCCUGAAUCCUCCAGAAGAGGAAGCUGUGACAUCUAAGACCUGCUCGGUGCCCCCCAGUGCCGUCGACACCUACAGAACUGGAGUGACUGCGUCUAAGGAACCGCCCUUGUACUACGGGGUGUGCCCAGUAUAUGAGGACGUCCCAGCGAGAAAUGAAAGGAUCCAUGUUUAUGAAAAUAAAAAGGAAGCAUUGCAAGCUGUCAAGAUGAUCAAAGGGUCCCGAUUUAAAGCUUUUUCUACCAGAGAAGAUGCUGAGAAAUUUGCUAGAGGAAUUUGUGAUUAUUUCCCUUCUCCAAGCAGAACGUCCUUACCACUUUCUCCUGUGAAAACAGCGCCGCUCUUUAGCAGUGACGGGUUGAAAGUGACAGAUGGUUUGUGCUUGUCUGAAUCAGAAACAGUCAACAAAGAGCGGGCGAACAGCUAUAAAAAUCCCCGCACGCAGGACCUCACCGCCAAGCUUCGGAAAGCUGUGGAGAAGGGAGAGGAAGACACCUUUUCUGACCUUAUCUGGAGCAACCCCCGGUAUCUGAUUGGCUCAGGGGACAACCCAACUAUUGUGCAGGAAGGGUGCAGGUACAACGUGAUGCAUGUUGCUGCCAAAGAGAACCAGGCUUCCAUCUGCCAGCUGACUCUGGACGUCCUGGAGAACCCCGACUUCAUGAGGCUGAUGUACCCCGAUGACGACGAGGCCAUGCUGCAGAAGCGCAUCCGCUACGUGGUUGACCUGUAUCUGAACACCCCCGACAAGAUGGGCUAUGACACACCGUUGCAUUUUGCUUGUAAGUUUGGAAAUGCAGAUGUAGUCAACGUGCUUUCGUCACACCAUUUGAUUGUAAAAAACCCAAGGAAUAAAUAUGAUAAAACACCUGAAGAUGUGAUUUGUGAAAGAAGCAAAAAUAAAUCUGUGGAACUGAAGGAGCGGAUCAGAGAGUAUUUAAAGGGUCACUACUACGUGCCUCUCCUGAGAGCAGAAGACACUUCUUCUCCAGUCAUUGGGGAGCUGUGGUCCCCAGACCAGACGGCUGAGGCCUCUCACGUCAGCCGCUAUGGAGGCAGCCCCAGAGACCCGGUGCUGACCCUGAGGGCCUUCGCGGGGCCCCUGAGUCCGGCCAAGGCGGAAGAUUUUCGCAAACUCUGGAAAACUCCACCUCGAGAGAAAGCAGGUUUCCUUCACCACGUUAAGAAGUCGGACCCGGAAAGAGGCUUUGAGAGAGUGGGAAGAGAGCUAGCUCAUGAGCUGGGGUAUCCCUGGGUUGAAUACUGGGAAUUUCUGGGCUGUUUUGUUGAUCUGUCUUCCCAGGAAGGCCUGCAAAAACUAGAAGAAUAUCUCACACAGCAGGAAAUAGGCAAAAAGGCUCAACAAGAAACAGGAGAAAGGGAAGCCUCCUGCCGAGAUAAAGCCACUGUGUCUGGCAGCAAUUCCAUUUCCGUGAGGGCGUUUCUAGAUGAAGAUGACAUGAGCUUGGAAGAAAUAAAAAAUCGGCAAAAUGCAGCUCGAAAUAACAGCCCGCCCACAGUUGGUGCUUUUGGAUACGCGAGGUGCAGCAUCUGCCCCUUGGAGCAGGAGGCAGACCUCAUAGAAGCCGCUGAGCCAGGCGGUCCACACAGCAGCAGAAAUGGGCUCUGCCAUCCUCUGAGUCACAGCAGGACCCUGGUGGGCAAGAGACCAAAGGCCCCCCAUGGGGAGGAAGCCCAUCUGCCACCUGUCUCCGAUUUGACUGUUGAGUUUGAUAAACUGAAUUUGCAAAAUGUAGGAAGUAGCGUUUCUAAGACACCAGAUGAAAAUAUGAAAACUAAAGAUAAGAGCCUGACUUCAGGAAUCGAUGCAGUAGAAAGAGACUUGUUAGAGCCUCCUUCUCCCGCAGACCAACUCGGGACUGGCCGCAGGAGGACGGAAAGUGAAAUGUCAGCCAGGAUGGCUAAAAUGUCCUUGAGUCGCAGCAGCCCCGGGCACGAGGGUCAGCUGGAGGUCACGAGGGAACCAGCCAGGCGGCUUUUCCUUUUUGGAGAGGAGCCGUCAAAACUCGAUCAGGAUGUUUUGGCCGCUCUUGAGUGUGCAGAUGUCGACCCCCAUCAGUUCCCGGCCGUGCACAGAUGGAAGACUGCCGUCCUGUGCUACUCACCCUCGGACAGACAGAGUUGGCCCAGUCCCGCGGUGAAAGGAAAGUUCAAGUCUCGGCUGCCAGAUCUCAGUGGCCCUCACAGCUACAGUCCCGGGAGAAACGGUGCAGCUGGGAGCAACCCCGGAAAGCCGGGCCCAGGCAGUCCUGGGCGCUACAGCCCUGCGCACGGGAAUCAGCUCCGCAGGAUGGCGCGCCUGGCUGAGCUUGCCGCCCUGUAGGCUCAGCGCUGGGCUCUCGUCUUGCAGCCCGUAGGAGCGACGCCAGGAGCCACACAGAGCUCAGCAGCACUGGAGCCAAGGUGUUCCGUUUCCUCAGCACGCGAGCCUUCACUGCCUACUUCGUUCAGGUGCCAGUGUAGCAGUAAUACGAUCUGUAAAUUGUUCUGUUUUGAAGUUUUUUCUGAGGCUUUUUUGAGCAUAAAUGAUUAUACGAUAAAGUUGUCCUUUAUUUUGGAACUCAUUUCAGUUGGGAUCUGCUUUAUAAAGAGUGUUGCGUUCAGAGGUUUGAGUCCCAUUUGGGUUCCUUGUCGUGUUGAUUGUAGCCUUCACCUUGGCUUGAAUGAAGGUCUGUGGUCAGAAUGUGUGAGGAGCUGCCUAGGUGCUCAGGAGGUAGUAACUGGAGGUCGGUUUCUUCCUGGGUGUUAACGGGCACCUCCUCACACAGUUGUUACUCUGUGAACAUUUCCAGUGUUUCAUCCAAAAUGAAAACCCACCAAUGCUUUUGCUAACUUCAGUGCCUUUUAUAAAUCAUUUUUAAAUUUCCUGAACUUGCUUUUUGAGAAUAUAGUGAUAUUAAGUAGAUGCAAGAUUGUUUUUGUUUGUAAAAAUUCUGAAUUGAAACUUUGUUUUAAAAAAAGGCUUAUUUCUUUCACAUGACAAGAGAUAGGUCAGGAAUAUUGGAAUCAAGAUUUAAAUGUUAAAAUUUGAUUUUGUUACACAGGGUGUCUUCAUUUGUUUUGUAGCAGACAAGACCUAGAUACCAGACAGACAACACAUGCUCUUCUAAGAAGCAGCAUUUUAAAAGGCAUCUUGGUUCUCAAAAGAAAUCAGAAUAUGGGCCGGGCGCGGUGGCUCAAGCCUGUAAUCCCAGCACUUUGGGAGGCCAAGACGGGCGGAUCAUGAGGUCAGGAGAUCGAAACCAUCCUGGCUAACACGGUGA